GUUUUCGUCUGAAUGCUUCCUCUUGGCCUAUGUUUCUUCUGAAGACUCUGAACGGAGCAGAAAUGGCUCCCAUUCGGAUUUUCCAUAAGGAGCCACCAUCUCCAUCCCAGAAUUUCUUUAAGAUGGGGAUGAAACUUGAGGCUGUAGACAGGAAGAACCCACAUUUCAUCUGCCCAGCCACUAUUGGUGAGGUACGGGGUUCUGAAGUCCUUAUCACUUUUGAUGGCUGGAGGGGAGCCUUUGAUUACUGGUGCCGCUAUGAUUCUCGUGACAUCUUUCCCGUUGGCUGGUGCUCAUUGACUGGUGACAAUUUACAGCCCCCUGGAACAAAAGUUGUCAUUCCAAAGACCCCGUUCCCUACCCCCGACGUGAUCUCCGAAAAAAGCACCAUGCACAACACCGCAAGGAGCAUCCUGGAACAUCUGCCUGGACAAAAAGGCCGAAAACCUGGUCGUAAAAGAGGCCGGACACCCAAGGUGCUGACCAGCCACCCCAACCCCAACCCUUCCAAGGCAGUGGAGCCUUUAAAAUUCCCCAAAAAGAGGGGGCCAAAGCCCGGUGGGAAGAGAAAGCAGCGGAUGUUACUAAACCCAGCACCCACUUCCCCGACAACGAGCACUCCUGAGCCUGACACAAGUACGGUACCACAAGAUGCAGCUACUAUUCCCAGUUCUGCUAUGCAGGCCCCUACAGUUUGCAUCUACUUGAAUAAAAACGGUAGCCCCGGGCCUCACCUGGACAAAAAGAAAAUCCAGCAAUUGCCUGACCAUUUUGGUCCCGCUCGAGCAUCCAUAGUCCUGCAGCAAGCAGUCCAAGCUUGCAUUGACUGUGCUUACCACCAGAAGACUGUCUUCUCAUUCCUUAAACAAGGCCAUGGAGGAGAGGUUAUUUCAGCUGUGUUUGAUCAUGAGCAGCACACUCUAAACUUACCAGCGGUGAAUAGCAUCACUUACGUCCUCCGUUUCCUUGAGAAGCUUUGUCACAACCUGCGUAGUGACAACCUCUUUGGGAACCAGCCCUUCACUCAGCACCACAUGCAUCAUUCCAGAGACUACGACCAUGACAAAUACCUACCAGGAGAUUGACGGCAAGGCCUUGCUCCUGUUGCGUAGUGACAUGAUGAUGAAGUACAUGGGCUUGAAACUGGGGCCAGCGCUGAAACUCACCUACCACAUUGACAAGUUGAAACAGGGCAAGUUCUGAAAAAACAAAAAGACCCUUCCUGGCACAAUCAUUGGCCCUCUCAGCUCUCCACGUAAGGCACGUAAAAAUACGUGUCUCCCUUCUGCAGCCACCGCGUCCACGGAAUCCACCGGGACACCGUUCUUAGCCAGCAGGAGAAAGGCGACUUCCUGCAGGAGGAAGGUCCUAGGCAUCCCGAAUCAUCGUAUGAAGCUCCAUGUGGACUCUCGACGUAAGGGAGAAGUUUCCUCAGCUCUCCGCUGGUGGCCUCUGGGGACCGUAUCUGACAGGGGCGAGGAUGCCUCCGGUGGGUGGAGCUGUGGCCCUUGCAUUCGGCUCGGCCCGUCUCUUUUAAUCACAGCCUCUUCUUUCACUGCUCUCUCCGAGAAGCCUCUCCGUGCAACAGGAGGACGACGAUGGUGUCAAGAGGUCACUUUUCUGUGCCCUGCAGAAGAAACUGAUGAGAAGAAGCCACCUGAGGAGGACAUGGGGCUGCUGCACUCCAGAUGAUGCACUCCCUUGGGUGCAGGGGUGGGGUGGGAGUUUUGGCAGGAGCCCUAACCAGCAAGCUGUACUCUCUGCCUGCAGAUCUCACUUCCUUCUUCUCACUUGGUGCUGUUAAUCUCUUCCUGUACUGAGGACUCAAGCUGUUCCCCCCCACACACACACACACUGCUGGCUGAUGGGCAGACAAUUCUUUAUAUUUAUUUUGACGCAACAUUUAUGUUGUUUACCAUUCAUUCCAGCACUACAGGUGAGCCCGGAGGAUGGGAGGCGUGUGGUCCUAUACUGAAGUGGCAUAGGGCAUGACAACUAAGCAACACACACACACAC